UCUCUCUCUCUCUCUCUCUUGCAGGUCCCGCUUCCGGACGUGGUCGAUUUUUGACGGGUUCGGGCCCUUUUUCCUUUUUAUCCCGGGUGAGGACAUGGCCUACAGGAAGGUGCGUGCUGGUCAUGGGGGCUCGUUGCGCUCGCGGGACCUGGAGAGUGAGGAGCUGCAGGCCGUGACUCUGGAGCUGGAGUGGGACAUGGAGAAGGAGCUGGAGGAGCCGGGUCGGGAACGCUUCCAGCUGGAGUGUGUGGAGCGACAGCCCGUGGGCAGCUCCGCCGGAGGAGGAGGAGGAGGAGGAGGAGGAGGAGGGGGCCCUGACCUAGACCUGGAACCCAUCCAGCCCUCCACCUCCCCUCAUGGACGAUUCCAGCGCCUCCAGGAAGAGCCGAGCUACGGGUCCCGCUUCACCCGGGCAGCUUCCAAAGCACAGAGGAGGGCUGAGAACUGGAGCUGGGCGGUCAAGUACAUCUUGGCCGGGGCAGGGGUGUUUGUCCUGGGGCUGGUGAUUGGACGUUACACGACGCACGGCGCAGAGAGUCAGACGCCAGGCGCGGCGUCAGACGUGGACGUGCUGGACAGGGUGUUGAAGGGCAUCGGAGCGGAGGAUCUGCAGGCAUUGAAAAGGAGUUUUAGCUCAUGGUCAGAAAAAAGUGAGUUGUCCAGAGUGUCACUUCUUCUGCAGAGGUGGAGAGAUUUGGGCCUGAGGGACGUCCAGCUGUCCAAUCACACUGUUCUCCUCAGCCACCCCGGCCCCACCCCCAGUUCCAUCAUUGACAAGCGGACCAAUCAGUGUUUUCUGCCCAACGGAGAGGAGUGUGGUGCCACAAGUCCUCCCCCAGCAACAGACCCGUACCCUUCCUUUGCUGCCUACUCUGCCGUGGGAAGUCUGGAGGCAGAGGUUGUGGAUGUUCAGUAUGGCAGCAUGAAGGACCUGACCAAAGCCAAGGCCUCACGGAAUCUCACAAACAAAAUAGCAAUAAUGAAGCUUGGGCAAGCACCAUUACAAUAUAAGCUCUCCCUCUUGGAAGAGAAGGGCUUCGGGGGUGCGUUGCUUUAUGUGGACCCAUGCGAUGUCCCCAGCGAGUUCAAUAUUUGGCACAAGGCUUUUGGCGUCAGCUUGAAUCCAGGGGGAGACCCUUCAACCCCAGGUUACCCAAGCAUCGAGGGAAGCUACCGAGAGGAGAGACCGUACCUAACAUCACUGCUGGUUCAGCCAAUCUCCGCAGGUCUGGCCAAAGAGAUUAUGUCUGCAGCUACUAUGGGUCAGGGACACCCAUGUACCCCGCUGGCUAUGCAGUCUGCCUCAGCCCAAAAAAAAAUAAUCACAUUAAAUGUUGGGACCCAAGCAUCAUACAGGACGAUUCACAAUGUCAUUGGCUACCUGAAAGGAAGGAUUAAUCCAGAUCGAUACAUUCUCGCGGGCAGUCGUCACGGCAGCUGGCACAAUGGUUCUUCAGAGGACUGGAGUAGUGGUGCCGCCAUCAUGACUCAGCUCAUUUCCUCCAUGAUGUCUCAGGCCCGCCGGGGCUGGCAGCCAGACCGUACCAUCGUUUUCUCCUCCUGGGGGGGGUCGGCACUGGGUAGCAUUGGAUCAUUUGAGUGGGGGGAGGAGAAUCGUGUGGUGUUGGAGAAUAGUGCUGUGGCUUAUAUCAGUCUCUACAGUCCAGUCACAGUGGGGAGGUCAGCCUGUUCCACAGCAUCGCCCUCACUAUUUCAGCUGGCCUCUGACAUCCAUAAGAGACACUUGAAGAACUGCAUUCAGAGUAGAUGUUGCCCUGGUCCGAACAUCAGCUCGCUGCAAAUCCCCGGGGAUGUGAACUUCUUCGCCAACCAGCUUGCCAUCCCCACUGUGCAGUUUACAUCCUCCACGACCAGGACCCUGGAGAGAAGUUUUCUCUCCGAGGCGUUCUUCUCCUCAGACCCGUCUGUUGACAAGGCCCCAGAUCCUUCCUUCAAACUCCAUGAGGCCGUGGCUAAGAUGACAGCAGAGGCCGUGCUACGUCUGAGCAGCGAGCCCGUCCUCCCCUUCUACCCUCUGGACAUCGCCCUAGAUGUGCAGAACAAACUCAAAGAUGACCCUCUGCUGACCGAAGAGCUGCUGGCAGCAGCCGCCAUCUUGAGAGACAACUCCACCUUCCUCCAGUCCGAGACCAUGCGGCCGGCCAACGACCCCAAAGAGAGGGACCCCUCCCACGUCCGCAUGCUGAACGAUGUGCUGCGAGGCCUGGAGAGAAGCUUCCUCAUCCCAGCCCCACCAGCUGGCUUGUACAGGAAUAUUCUGUAUGGUCUGAACACGCAAUCCUCCCGUUUCUCCAUACUGAAGGAUGUCCAAGAAGUGAAAAGGCAUCGGCCUGUGAACCAGACUCUGUCUCUUGUUUCCAAUGCCAUCAGGUCCGCUCAGAAGCUUGUCCAGAGUGGGCUUGACCUCUUUGAGAAUGACCCGGACAGCUCCCAGUGACACCAAAAGCAGCCAUGUUGGAGAGGUUGCUAGUGUCCCACUCUCAGCUGGCGCAGUGGAGGCACGACCCCCCCCCCAACAAAAGACCUGAACAGCAGGAACAAACUCUGAUGUGAUUGUUUUGCACUGAUUCUCUUAAUGAACCAAAACCAUCAAGGGCUUGGAAGAGAAGUCCCAUUUUAAGCAAUAUUAAUCUUAUUGCAUUUGCCAGUGUCCAUAAAAUGCUUUUGGUUCAUUUUUCAAGGUUUGUGCCGAAUGUCUUUUUAAGAUUAAUAGCAACGAAGGCUAAACUGUGAGAAUGAAAUGAAUUGAAUGAAAAACCACAGCAACCAAAGAGGUGAGUAGACAUACAGUCAUACGGAUAACAACCAGCACACUGGAAAACAACUUCAUUAUCAUUUUAUUGAUUAUUGUUUGUCAAGAUAUAUCUUGGUAUCCAAAACCUAAGAAGAAAAUAACUGAAGGAUUAAAACUUGAAUCACAUGAGCUUGCAAUACAAUUACAAAUUCAGGCCAUCCAGUUCAGUCGGAAGAGUUCGUCGUAUAGUUUACAUUAAUGUGAUUGGCCUGAAAAUAACUAAUAAUAAAAGUUUAUGUGAUAAUGCACAAGUAUAUCUAACAGAGCUUUGAUGCAGAUCGGGAAGGUUCAGUGCUUGCAGAGGGCAGAGCAGUCCAAGGCCCACGGUGUGCCUUAUAGUCACGCACAGUGGUGCAUGACUUUGUGUUACUGAUGAGAUAAACAAUGUGUAAUGUUUGGAGAAACAGUCACGCCACAGGCAGAUAAGCUUGUGUUGAUGACCACCAGCAGACAAUAUUUCAUAUCAUUAAAACGACAACAAAUGUUCUUACAAAACUGCUCCUUGGUCUGUUCUGGCAGCACCUCCAUGGAGAUAUCCUGGAUAGAUUUAGCUGAGCAGUACACACUCAAUUCAUAUUAUUUGGAUAAAGCUCAAAUGUAUCAUUAUUUGUAUCCUCUUUUAGUUGUGCAAUGCUGGGAGUGUAAGAUUACCGUCCAUGUAUAUACAAAAGCACAGAGGGUGCAAUGCUGACAUGUAUACUUAAAUACCCGUCACCAUUUGACACCAGAUGUGUGUGUUUGUGCACAAUAAGGUGAUAAAGGAAACGCUUGUAUUCAGACACUGUGUUGCAUACACAUGUUGCACGUGGGUCAGUGAGUUCCACAUUCAUCAAACUGUAUUCCUUUGGCGGCGUAACCAUAGUACCUGUAUCGAUAAUUGUAUGCAGUGAUGAAUAUUCACUGAUUGAGUUAUACUCUUGUAUCAUAUGAAAGGUACAUAUGAAUGCAGUUAUGCUUUCAUUGUGCUACACACGGUAUGCCUGCAAUUUUGGUGCACUUUAAAUUGGGAUGUUUUUGGAAGAAGAAUUUCAGGUAUUGUGAUUUGUAAAUUAGUGUAUUAAAUGACUUGGCUUGACUUUAAAACCUAAAAGAAAAACAGGCCAAUUAGGGAUACUUGAACCAGGGAGUCUAAUUCCAGCCAAGCUUUAAGUUCUUCACGUGCCUUUUCAGUUAAGAAACAUCAGUGCUUUAGAUCUAAGAUGUCUAAAUAUCGCAAAUAGUUUCAGUACAUCAAAAUAAAGGAAC